AUGGUCAGUCCUGAGAGGAGAUGGACGCCGCUGGUGCAGGCCCAAAGAUUUCCUUUAUGCGCUCAGCCCUCAGCCAACGAUCGGGCGAACAGGAUCGCCGCGGCGGGUGAGCAGAUGGCGCGGCGGGCGGCGGCAGCAGGAGAGGAGAUGGUCGCUCGGGCCCACGCGCGGACGGCGGCAUUUGCGGCGGCGGUGGAGGAGCCGGCUGGAGUCGGGCCGUACACGUGGCGCUGCGACCUCUCCAGAGCCCUGCCCGCGUUCCGUGCCGGCGAGGCCGAGGCGGCGAGAGAGGCGGCGAGAGUAGAGGCAGAGAGUGCGGCGGCGGCGGCGGCGGAGGCGGUAAAGCCCGGCAGCCGGAGUCGGCUGAAGCUGCUGCGCAAGCUCGGCCGAUCGCUCGUGGGCAGCGUCUCGGAAGCUUCCCACAGCGCCGCCGCCGGGGUGCGAGCCGGCGUCCGGGGAGCGGCCGCCUCGGUGCCGCGGCGGGCGGCUCGCAGGCGCCGCGCAAGCCUCCCGGGGCGCUCGCACGCGCGCCGCAAGAGCCUCCCCAGGCGUUCGGACGCGGCGCCGCCGCAGUACCUGUGUCCCGUGCUCGGAGAGGUCAUGACCGACCCGGUGACGGCAUGUGACGGCCACACCUACGAGCGCGAGGCGAUUGAGAUGUGGUUCCGGACGUAUGCGGAGCGGUACCCGCUCGCCGCCUCCGCGCCCAGCCCCGUUACCGGUGCGAUGCUCGCGAGCACGGCGCUCGUCAGCAACAUCGCGUUGAGACAGGUCAUUGAGACGUGGAGGGAGGGGAGAGAGGGGCUCGGCGGGUGAGCGAGUCGUGCGGCGCAAGUUCAGGGGAUGGGUAGCAGAACGUUUCCAGCGGUUUUUUGUUGUUUGUCGUCGUCGUGUUGUCGUGUUGCAUGUCGUGUUGUCGACGCGUGUGUGUCGUCGUGUUGCGUCGUCGUCGGCGUUGAGUGUCG